AAGCAAUAGAGGGACCCGCCGCCUUUCUCCACGCUCGCCAUUUCUCUCUCUUACACAACAACAACAACAACAACUAAAGUGGUCACUGCACAUUCAUAUUUCAGAGAACAAAAAAAAACAAUUCAAAGCAAAAGCUACAAUCACACUAUGCUCUGCUAACUAAAACCAUCUACGCCUUAGCAGAGCUAAGUCUAGAGAGAGAGAGAGAAAGAAAAAAGGCGGAGCCGGAGCUCUGACCGCUCUGUCUCCACCAAAUCUCUAAUUUAUCUUUUGUUUCAAAGCUUCUAGAGGGAGAAACUGCAGACCCCUUCUCUUUGAGAUUGAUGAGAGUAGAGUUCCAGCUCUCUUAAUCCUUGAUUUCGUGGUUGUUGAAUCAAAGACCUCUACUUUCUAUACCAUAGCUUAUUUGGGGUUCGUUGUGGAUUGGUAGCUUCAAUGGUUGCUUGGCUAUAAGACUAUUCCAUGUAAAGAUUUGUGGAUAUUGGAAAUGGAAAGGGUUCCAGAGUCAAGGAUGCUUCCUCAGAAACUGCCUGCUCUUGCUCAGCUUUCAAAUGCAUACACAGCAACAAGGAGAGAAGCAGAUCACAUUUCGAUUAUGCGCACAGGGUUGGUGAGAGAAGUGGAUCAAUCUUAUGAAAGAAAUACCCAAGUUUUAGAGUUGCCUGCACCAGUGAGAAUGGUGAAAGGAAAAGAUUUUUUGCAUGAACAUGAGGAAAUCAUGCCCGAUGUUGCAUUUAAGGAAAGUGUUGAUUCAUUUGAGGAAGGUGGACCUAGUUCUUUCUCCGGUGCCAGUCACCCUCCAGAACCUGUUGAUACUGAUCUAAUAAGAACAGUAUAUGUACCAAUUAGUAAAAGUAAAUCUGAUGCUGCUGGGUGUUUAGCGAAGAGCUUGUCAGUAAAGGGGCCUUUUCUAGAAGAUCUUUCUAUCAAGGUUCCCCUUAAAAAACCAAGCCCCAUUGUUCUUUCACCAGCAGAAAGUCUGGUUGAAGAACCUAAUGACUUGUGUGCAUCACCUUCACCAUUUACAGUUCCCCGUGCAUCACAAAAUACAGAUAACUCUCUUCUUCUGCCAGAUUCAGAGGAAAAGGAAUGUGUUUGGGAUGCUUCUUUGCCUCCAAGUGGUAAUGUAAGUCCACAUAGUAGCAUUGAUAGUACUGGUGUUGUCAGAGCUAUGAGCAUUGUCAAUAGCUGUGCUAGUACAUAUCGGAGUGAUGCAAUUACAAGCGAUGGCAUGUUUAGUAUGGAGAGGAACUGUGAGAGUACUAAAGGGAGUGUUAGGGGGGAUUCACUUGAGAGUGCAAAGACUAGUGUUAGCCGAGCAAGUGACAGCAGUGGCCUUAGUGAUGACAGUAAUUGGAGCAACGUCACUGGGAGUGCUAACAAGCCUCAUAAAGGAAAUGAUCCUAGGUGGAAGGCCAUCCUUGCAAUCCGAGCACGAGAUGGAAUUCUUGGCAUGAGUCAUUUUAGAUUACUUAAGAGGCUUGGUUGUGGUGACAUUGGCAGUGUAUAUCUAUCAGAGUUGAGUGGUACUCGCUGUUAUUUUGCAAUGAAAGUAAUGGACAAGGCAUCCCUUGCAAGUCGAAAGAAGUUGACUAGAGCUCAGACAGAAAGGGAGAUUCUGCAGCUGCUGGACCACCCAUUUCUUCCCACUCUGUACACACAUUUUGAAACUGACAGAUUCUCAUGUCUGGUAAUGGAAUAUUGUCCAGGAGGUGAUCUACACACCUUGCGGCAGCGGCAACCCGGGAAGCAUUUCUCUGAGUAUGCUGCGCGAUUCUAUGCUGCAGAGGUUUUAUUGGCACUUGAGUAUCUCCACAUGCUAGGGGUUGUCUAUAGGGACUUGAAACCUGAAAAUGUUCUAGUUCGUGAUGAUGGCCACAUAAUGCUCUCAGACUUUGACCUUUCUCUAAGAUGUGCAGUGUCUCCCACGCUGAUAAGAUCCUCAGCAUUUGAUUCUGAUCCUUCAAAACGUGGAGCUGGUGGCGCUUUCUGUGUCCAACCUGCCUGUAUUGAGCCAACAUCAGUGUGCAUCCAACCUGCCUGCUUUAUGCCCCGGAUAUUCCCUCAAAAGAACAAGAAGAAAACCAAGAAAACACGAGCAGAAUUUGGGUUGCCAUCUAGCAUGCUUCCAGAGCUUGUUGCAGAGCCUACUGCAGCUCGAUCAAUGUCCUUUGUUGGCACACAUGAAUAUUUGGCGCCUGAAAUUAUCAAAGGAGAAGGACAUGGCAGUGCAGUUGAUUGGUGGACCUUUGGGAUUUUCUUGCAUGAACUGUUAUACGGUAAGACCCCAUUUAAAGGCUCAGGAAACCGUGCUACACUGUUUAAUGUUGUUGGACAGCAACUCAGGUUCCCAGAGUCUCCAGCAACAAGCUAUGCUAGCCGUGAUUUAAUCCGAGGCUUGCUAGUUAAAGAACCACAGCACAGGCUAGGGGUGAAGAGGGGUGCAACUGAGAUCAAACAACACCCUUUCUUUGAGAAUGUAAAUUGGGCUCUAAUACGGUGCAGCACUCCACCAGAGGUGCCAAGACCUGUCGAGAACGAGCCACCUGGGAGAUUUGGUCCAGUUGACCCUGUUGGGGUUGGCAGUAGCAGCAAAAGGAUGGUAGGAGGGACUGACAUGAAAUCUGGGGGUAAAUAUCUCGAUUUUGAGUUCUUUUAGCUUAGAUAGUUAUCAUGCCAAGUUGUAUUAUUAAUGUUGUCAUUACUUAGUUUGGAUGAUACUCAUCAUCUUAUAAUCUCAUCAAAUCAAAAUUCAUCUCAAUU